AUGAAGAGAUCCCAUACACCUGGUUCGAUUUCAGCAGCUCUGAUUCUGCUACUUCUAGUUUUGUAUAGCAGCAAGAAUCACGUAGAGUGUCGUCAGAUGGUGCCAGCUUCCAUGGAUGUAGCUUCAAGUAAAACUGUAAGAGAUUUGAACAUAAACAAGGAGAUGAAGGAGGAUUCUCUGAGAGGUGAAAAAGACAGUUUCCGAAGAAUCCCAAGGAGCGGCUCCAGCCCUAUACAGAACAGGAAAGGUCCCUUAACAUAUGCACGAGGAAGUACAAACCAGCAGAUCACAGCAACAAAACCAUAGAUUUCAUUUUUUUUUUCUCCUGAAAGACUUGAAUCUUUCUAAAAUAUUUUUGGUAGUGUAGACUACUUACACUUAUUUCUAGAUCUGUAAUUGAAACAUAAAAUCCUAUAAGCUUGCUACUGUUAACAGUUCCUAGAGUAGGCUUAGACCUUUAGUUCGUUUGAAGUGUAAUCCGGAAAAAAAAAACAGCUGUUCUUAUCAAUCUAGUGAGGGUAGAUCUAGCCAAAAAAGCUUUUUAACUAUGCUGUCAUCUUCAAUAAAAUUU